CAGCUUUGAACGAUGGACUAAAAUGAAUAGUGAAUGGAUGCGAGAGACCAAUCAUUAAUGAAUUAAUUUGAUUGUAGAUAUACAGUAAGAAACAUCACACUUAUGAGAUAUGUUAAGACAAUUUUAAAGGAUCUCGACCUGGAUCAUGGUGUAUUGUACGACAAUAUCAUAGCAGAAAUAGACCCAGCUGUUGCCAGUGAGUCACGAGGCUUCCCGAUAAAGACUGACAGCUCUACCGGAUCCUAAAACAGAUGAAUACCUACCGUGCACGAUUGAAUUGGGACAGUUUCAAUUGUAUUUAAAAGGAAUGGAAUUUGUUCAAUGACCCGUGUAUUCUCUUUAGAGAAGUCGAGGGGCAUACCGUGGAGAAGGAAACCGUGUUAUGUGUAUUGGAUGGAAAUGAUUGGAUGUCAGUGCAGGAACUUUCUAACUUUUUUCUUCUAAAAGAGAAUGUUGAUGACGGACGUGUACAUGUAAGUUGUUAUAUGGUUGUAUCCGGGAGGUGAAAGUGUGACGUAUCUAAACAACAAAAUCACGGAAACUCUUAUAUUGCGCAAGCUUAUCUUUACACAGGUAGACACUGUAAAGCAUUGUAAAGCAUGAGAUUAGAAGUACACGCCCGAGGAAUGUACCAUCGAAGGUAGAAAGCGAGUUUGUUUCUCUUGUCCUCCACUGGAUGAUUAUUUCUUAAUCCUGUUCGUUCAGACGAAGACCUUCUUAAAUUGAAGAUCUAGAGAGAAUAAUUUCCCUGGGUGGAUAGCUCUAAUUUAAGGGUCUUGGCAACCACCAGGGAUUUUGUGUGUUACUAAUUACAAAGACCAGCUUAAAGGUGACACAUAUAGUUAUCGUGUUGGACAGCAUGGUCACUUACAUAAUUCACUAGUACUUGUAAGUCAGCAGAAUGACUGAAGAGUUAGUUGCCCUUGAUGUGUGGGAUAAAUUGCUGAUUUUGGCGGGAGUGGCGCUGUUUAUGGUGCUGGUUAUUGUGACGUUAAUGUGUGUACUUUCUCCCCAUUGCUGCCUUUAUCAGUACUGUCCAUUCCGGGAAAAGAUUCCACAAGAUGGAAAACCGCUGAUGAAAUACGGAUCUACCGACAUUAUGUUGGAAUCCAAGAAGGACAGACAUUCUUACAUGGGGUCUAUAAAGGAGGAAGAAUCUUCCGAAUGGUCAGACGCAAGCGGCAUGAGCUCCUGGGAACAUAAAAGGGCCGUGUCUCCAGGUUACGUGCCAAAUGGAUCUAUCGGAUCACUGCAGUCCAAGACAUCGCUCCAUGAUGGAACUCUGCACUUUUCAUUGAAAUACGAUAGAUUUGACAAUAACUUAUUUAUAAAAAUUAUGGAGGUAACAGACAUAAACGUUGAAGAUGUAACUGCCAUUUUGUCGCCGUAUGUCCGGAUUAGGCUUUACAGGUCGCAUAGACAACUGUUCACCGGUGCUGUAGAGAAUUUCGAUACGGAGUUUAAAACACGUAUGCAGAAAUUCAAAGACAAUCUAACGUUCAAUGAAACUUUCAAAUCCUCAGUUCCAGCCUCCAGCAUUAAACAUGUCAGUAUUAAGUUUCAGCUGUGUGAUCUGGACAAAUAUUCCAGAAAAGUAGUCAUUGGCGAGUGUCUUCUUAAGUUAAAGCGACUUCAUAUUGAAGAUUUCGAAGAAAAAGUCUUUCAGGAAAGGUUACGGGACCCGAUUGAGGAAGAGGCAGGGGAAGUCUCUGUUGGGUUGACCUACCUCCCCACGGCAGAAAAGCUGCAUGUCAACAUAGUUAAGAUGAAAAUUUACAAAACGCGAAAUAGAUCACAGAAUAUUCUUGAUACAAAUAUCAAAGUUGUUUUAAUGCAUGACGGAAAACCACUCAAAAAAACUAAAACCGGGACCAAGACAAAUGAAGCUAAUCCUGAAUUCAACGAAUCCUUCGCGUUUGAUGUCCCCCAUCAUGAACUUGAAAAUGUCUACGUAGCUAUCAGCGCCGUAUGUUCCAAGACGGAGGACUCUGAACAGAAAUUACUGGGCAGGAUCUAUGUGGGUUUACCAUUUGGUGGCCAGGCACAGGAACACUGGACAGAAAUGAUCAGAUCACCAAGAAAUCAAGUUUUCCACGUACAUAAGCUCACUGAACAGUGAAAAUACUGCUUACAUUUAUCUGUCUCUCAUUCCGUCCUUUUAAAGAAAAUUGUUUUAAGGAAAUAAUUCCAAAUGCCUUGAUGUAGUCUACGUUUCACAUUAGGUCAGUGUUUUGAAACUAAAAAAGACGAAAGAAAGAAAUCAGUGGAAUGUUUAUCAAAGCAAUACUUCAAUUUCAUAUACGGAACGUUCUAUUAGUCUUUACAUCUCAUUGCAAUGAUUGCGUGAAAUGUGUAUGCCAAACAUGUGUGUAAUUUAGUAGCCUGUGGUUGUUUAUGGCUAAAAUGUGCUCAGCCUGACAAUUUAACGUUGUGUUUUCCUUCCUACUGAAAUUGUAAAUUAUUGUACAUCCGCAGGCUCUAAGAUUUAAUGGGAGUAUUUGUUUAAGGUCUUCUGUUCACGUGUUUGAAAUUAUUAAUCAGUCAUAACUUGUAUGAUAUACAUGAUAUAAUUUCCAUGUAGGUACUAGAACGGUCAAUGACGUAUUCUCAAGACAAGGGUGGAGGUCACAUGUAAAGAUUACCGCAAUGAAUUUAAGACUUUACCGUGAUCGGGAGGGGGGUGGGGUACAGAACUGGUCUUGUUCGGCUACUCUUGUACAUGUAGGUUUCCGAAUCCUACAUACACACGUUCAUAUAGACUUUAUAUAGCAUUUAGGUCAGCUUUACUUGUCAUGUUUCAUGGCAGAUAGAAUCCAAAAGUAGAGCACACGCCACUAAGGUUUAUUUGGAACCUUGAUUGGGCCGCAUAGAUUUCGGGGGCUGAUUACAUAUUGAUGCAGUGACGUCAUCGUUAUCAUGUCAUCCUCAUAACGUUCUAUUUUCAUUUUUAAUGUUUUUUGCCAUUGACCUCUCUACAAAUCAUAAUGAUAGUAAGUUCCUCAUGGAUGCACUGUAGUUGUGAAAAAUGCGCGUAUGAAACUUCAUAAAUAUAGUACGUCUAUUUUGAUGUUUGGGAAAAUAAACGUCGUGAUCGAUAGUAGGUUAUCGCAAAAGGAAUAGGGUGGCCCUAUCCAGAUUUCACAGGCUCGGGAUAUUUCAUGGUUGUGUUGAUGCGGCUCUUAGAACAUUGAAGGGGAGUAUAAAUGUAGUUUUUGGUCUAAAUACUAGAACUGCCACAUUAUUCAUUGUACAACAGCCAAGUACAUUAGUAAUUAUACGUCUAUGUUUUGCCAAACACAAAUUCGCGUAUUUCACCAGGAGGCAUUCAGUUCAUUUUCGUAUCAAAUGAAAACAGCUAAAAUUAUUUUCUGUUGAAAAAAGCCUUCGUUCACCAAUUAAAAUUGGUAAGCUUUGGGAUGAUUCAUAUUUGUGACUAAAAAUGUUUACUUGAUUUCAUCGCAAAGGACGCGGGUACGAUUUUCCUUGAUAAGUUUAAAGAAGAUAUCAUUGUACUUUUGUGUCUUGAUUUAUCCAUCUCUGCAGUUUAUUAUAUAAUAGCUAAAAUCAUCAUAAUAUCUCACCUACCUUUAAAAAAAAAGAAAUUGAAGGUGUUUCCGUGUGUUUACAUUGUAGAUCUACAUUAGAUGGUCAGAAUGCAUAAAUGGCGAAUUAGGGUUCGUUGUUUUAUACAUGUAUAAAAAGGAGCAAACAAAUUGAAAAAUAAAUUGUUGAACUUGAAA